AUGGCCGACAUCGACAUCACCGAGACCCAGUUCCAACUCCCCGACGGAUUGUCCGUCUACCAGAAGACAUGGGCACCGAGUAGCGCUGCCCCUGUAGCCCGCCUGGUCCAUUUCCAUGGUUUUAGCGACCAUAUCAACAACACGUUUGAUCUGUUUCCAUCUCUAGCCCGCCGUGGGAUCUUCUGCACAGGAAUCGACCAGCGCGGUUGGGGCCGGACGGCCAAAACCAAGGCCGACCGCGGGAACACGGGCCCGACCGCUGCCAUCCUGGCCGAUCUUGCAGCAUUCAUCGAGGUCCAACUCGAAGCGACACCGUCUGUUCCCGUGUUCGUGAUGGGUCACUCAAUGGGCGGUGGACUAGUCGCGACGUUAGCCUCAACGCCCAAGUAUCAGGGUCUUGUUUCCCGCCUGGGGGGGAUCAUGCUCGAAGCACCGUUUAUCGGUCUCGAUGCGGAGCAGAAACCGAGCGUCAUCACUGUCACUCUCGGUCGGUUGGCCGGUAAACUAUUGCCGCGCUUCCAGAUUACCCAACCGAUGAAGGUCGAAACGAUCGUGCGGGACCCGGCUGUGCAGCAAUUACUGAAGGAUGACCCGCUAAACCCUUGUGUUGGCACGCUGGAGAUGUUUGCAAACAUGCUCGACCGUGCUGCUGACUUGACUUCUGGCAAACUCCAGCUGAAUGAUGGGGUUCGGUCUGUCUAUGUGGCCCAUGGCACCGGGGACCAGGUCACCAGCCACGAUGCGAGUAAGCACUGGUUUGAUGCACAGACCGGCAAGGUCGCGGACCGGAAGUUCAAGUCUUAUGAAGGCUGGAGCCAUGUGCUUCAUGCGGACCUGCCGGAGAAUAGGCAAGAGUUUGCUGAUGAUAUUGCGGAAUGGAUUCUUGCACGAGUGUAG